AUGAUUACCGUAGUGACUGAGGAGUAUUUUCCAGACAAAUACAGAAGGUACAGUAACUGUUAAAGACAGACAAAACAUCACUAUUAACCAUUUUGAGGUGGGGAAUCACUUCAUCAUGACCAAAAAAAAAGCACAAUAAUUAUUAUUGCACAGUUUGAGUGAAGUUUUUAUGACAGUGUGUUUGAAUUUUUUGAAUCUCAUACAAUUCCUUAAAAAUUUCUCAAAAAUUCAGACUGCGACAAAGAAUCACUCUCUAAUGUCAGGCCCCUAAAACUUAGCCAUUUUGUAUUUUUGAAUGCUCUUGGGGUUUCGAGGAAUUAGUCUAUUUUUUAACACAAUAUUUUUUCAUUAUUAUUGACAAGGUCACUUGACUCUUAUGAGCAAAGAGAUAGCCAGUUUCAAGCUAUUGAAUAGUCGGGGCUAAUGAAAAAGUGGGUGGUCAAUGGAAAAAAUGAGCCUUUCCCUCGUCCCCUUUUUUUUUUUUUCACUCACUUAGCUAUUUGAGAAUAAUGGCCCAACAACAAUACCUCUACAAACUUGCAAUUCAUAUUCUAUCAAAACGUUAAGUAAAUCGGAAGCGAUGAUCUCUCCAUCUAAGCAGCUUGCAUGUCAACCUUUUUCCUCUCUCUUUCUAUUUUUGUUAGGUAUGUGGAGCUAAACACAAAGUUUAGUGGAGGCUACAAGCGUUACAGCUUGACCCUACCCAAAUACCUGCACAACAAACCAAGACCUUUCCUAAACCACUGUGAGAAGCAGAUAAAACAUGCAAGCGAAGUUCAAUCAAAACACAUCAGAGAAGAAGAAGGCGGAAAUUUCAAAGUCCAGUCCCAGACAGAUGAAGUUUGGUACGAUCUUUCUUUUGGUUCUGAGAAUAUCAUACCAAGAUGUACCUGUCCUGAUUUUUGCCACACUGGGCUGCUAUGUAAGCAUUUUUUUGCAAUAUUUGACCUGUAUCCAAUGUGGCAGUGGGAUGCAUUACCAGAAAAGUUCCGACAAAACCCUCACAUCUCACUAGAC